AAUCCAAAGAAGAAGAAGAAGGAGAGGAAGCCGAAGAAGAGCAAAAAGCAGCAGAGUAACCCGGUUCAAUGUUAGCAAGGUAACACCAAUGAUUGUUCAUUCUGUUGGACAUAUUCCCCAUAGUUAAAUCGACAUGGGCAAGAGAGACAAUCGGGUGGCUUACAUCAACCCCAUUGCUGCUGCACGAUCCAGGGGACCGGCGCAGAAUGCCGGACCAAGCAUACAGGAUUAUUUAAGCAGACCUCGACCAACAUGGGAAGAGUUAAAAGAGCAGUUGGAGAAGAAGAAGAAAGGGUCUCGAGCCCUGGCUGACUUCGAGGACAAAAUGAACGUGAAAUGGAGGAAAGAACUGGCCAAAAACCGAGAAAGGUUGUUAGGUGGAAGUGACAAGGACAAAGAGAAAGACAAAAAGGCAACUGACAAAGAGAAAGAAAAAGAGGAGAAGAAAGAGAAAAAAGAAAAAAAGAAGAAAGAGAAGAAGAAAUCAAACAGGCAUUCUUCAUCUUCCUCCCCCUCCUCAUCGAGUUCUGAUUCCUCCAGCAGCUCCUCCUCAGAAUCUGAAGACGAGGAUGAAAAGAAGAGUGUUAAGAAAAAGCGGAAGAGAAAGAAGUCAUCGGCCAAGAGAGCAUCAGACAGUUCAGACGCAGAAUCCGAUGGAGAAAUUAAGAAGAAGAAGAAAAGAUUCAAGGAAGAAGGAGAUAAAGAUAAGGAGGAAAAGAGCCGUCGAAGAAAAAGGAAGGCCGAGCGGAGUUAUAAAGACUCAUCUUCAGAGUCAUCUGCUGAGUCUGAGGGGGAAGAGGCUGAAGCCAAGAAGAAGAAGAGAAGUAGCGAAGAAAAGGAGAAAAUCACAGACAAAUCCAAGAAGAAGAGGAAAAAGAAGCACAAGAAACACGGCAGAAAAAAGAAAAAGAAGGCAGCAUCUCAGUCCGACUCAGAGCUCGACUAAUAACCGUGGCUUUGCGGUUCUCUCAUGACAGUUCACAACUAGUGUUAUUUUUGCCUUUGACUACCAAAAACUUCUCCCAUCCAGCUUUGGUCAUCACACGUGAACAAGGAGACCUACAGACUUGUAACGCUGGGGUUCUGUGAUUGAAGUGAAAAUGAGGGAGGCACACAUCCCGCUUAAGUGGCAACUACCGGUACAUAUCGUUUGGGUUUUUUUUAUCACCAUGCUUUUGUAGAUAAUUUUUUUCUUUUGAAUUACACUCAAGGACAGGACUGAAGUGAAUUCCACACCUUUCCCCCCCCCCCCCUCCUCAUCUCAGAGAUUUCAGUGUGACUGGCACUCACUGCCUCCUUCAGUAUGCUGGCCCUCUAGGAGUUCCUGUUUCUGCUUCAUACCUGACAUCUUGCAUUUCUAGUUGCUGGAUGAGGCUGUUACGCUAGUGCCUGUGUGAUGCAUGUAGACCUGAUAACCUGAUGUCCCGCCAGCCUCAUAUUGAAGUUGGAUUUGUGAUAAGAAAUGUGAGGUACACAGUCAACAUUUAUACAAGGGAUAAUUGUUCCGUUCGACGAAUUGUUACACAGCAGUGUAAAUGUAUAAUCAAUGGGAAUUCAUUAAUAAAGUAUUGUUUUAGCCUUUA